AUGAUUGACAUCAACAACAACCACAGAUGCAUCGAGAUGAAAAAGAUGUCUGGUAGCUCCCAGUGGAGGUGGCAGGAUGAGGACUGUGCCAGCCAACGAGCAUUUAUUUGCCAAAUUGAUCCCUGUCCUGGGGAACCUAAGUACACCGAUGGUGGUCUUGGUUUCGACUACCAAUUCUUUGAACAAAAGUUGGACCAGACAGAGGCCCAUUUGCAAUGCGUUAAAAGAAAUGCUGGACUACCAAGUAUCCAUAGUUUAAAGGAGAUGGAGUUUAUUGAGGGAAUUAUCUGUAACAGUGUUGACCGCAUUUGGAUAGGAAUGUCCGACCCGAAUAACAACAAAGCGGAUGUCACGUGGCUAGACAUGAGUCCGCGAGAUUUCGUACCGACUAACGCAGCUGGGUUUGUUCUGAGCAGCCCGGCAGAUAAAUGUGUACAACUUGCGAUGGACAACUCGGUUUGGGUGUGGAAGGACGUAGAUUGUGACGAAAAGCUGAGUUUCAUUUGUAAAAGAGAUAUAGAUGAAUGCGCAAAGGACGCGAACCUCUGCAUUUCCAAACCCAACACAAUCUGCGUCAACACUAUUGGGAAUUACUCCUGCGAUUGUAAGCCGGGAUUUCAGACAGGCGCGCAAGGCGGACAAAGCCCCGGAUGUACAGAUACUGAUGAAUGUGCUACCCCGGACAUCUGCAGUGCAAAAGCCAACACUGUAUGCGUCAAUACAAAAGGGAGUUACACGUGCGAUUGUAAGACAGGGUUUACGAGAGCAACUACCAACGGGUCGUGUGAAAUCACCUAUCGAUGUGAGGAUGUGGUAAACUGGCUGCAGGACCUCGCGAUUUCCAACUCAGAAUUCAUGUACGUGCGGCGAGGCAAAUCAAUCGCCAACGCUCAGAUGUAUUGCAUCAACUACGGCGGCCAUCUUGCGAGUAUCCACAGCGAAGCGGAGAAUAAGUUCUUGACCAAAUGGAUCGAAAAGUGCGAAAAUAGCAGCAGCAUCGAAGCUUGGAUCGGGUUGAGAGACAGCAAUGAUAAUAACGCCAGCACAUUCUGGAUCGACAACUCCCCUACGGAUUGGCAUAAUCCUGGAAUGGAGCUGGAGCCAAAUCCGGCCGGGCGGUAUAAGUCUGAGUAUCUAUAUUUCACCCGCGUGAAUGGGCUAUGGAUUUGGGCGGAUGGCGACAGUUGGCUGAAGCGCUUCUUCUUUUGCAAAAGAGCACCCAGGACUUUGCCGUGCCCCUCGGGAUUGCAUGAGUAUGAAAUAAAUCGCUCCUACCAAUAUUUCGACAUUCCGGUAAGUCAGAACGAGGCCAGUGUGAUAUGCGAGAAUAUGGAGCCCAGGUUUGGUACUCUUGUCACUAUCGGUAGUGGUGAUGAACAGAAGUUUAUCGAGGGAAUUGUCUGUAACACCACGUCUGCUGUAUGGAUAGGCCUGAAGGAUGAUCGAAAUGAUAAAACACAGCUUACUUGGUUGGACGGCUCAUGGUCCAGCUGGCAGCACGACCAAAGCAAAAUUGAUCUGACAGACAGGAGGAAGAAGUGUGUGGCAAUGAAAAACGAACCGACCGGUUCGCUGUGGACUGACUACCAUUGUGACAAUGAAACGUUACCUUUUAUUUGUAAAUUAAAAAGGUGUGCUGGCAUUGGUUGGAGACAAGAGUGGCAUGGUAAAUGGCAAUAUAGGUACUUCGUCGAGAAAAUGAACCAAACCUCGGCCCAGGCUCAUUGUGUAGCCAAUGGUGCAAACCUCACAAGCAUCCACGACGAAAAGGAAAAUAGGCUGGUUGAGAGAUACAUGUGA